GGCGUAGGGUGGGAGGGCAUUGAAGUUUUUCCUCCUGCUUUUCCUCCUGAAUACCUUCAAGUCAUCCUUGAUCCCUGCUGUGCGGAAAGUGAGUCUUCAGUUGAGUCUUCUGGUGCCCGAUGGAUUGGAGGAAGGUCAAGCCCGCACCGGUGCCGAGCCACGAGUACCUUCCACAUGGCCCACCGGUCGACUUCUCCUUCAAGGAACUUAAAGAUUUCGCGGAGCUGUUCACGGAGGAACCUCUCAGUGGUACCAGGAAAGCGAUAAGCAAGGCCUACAGCACUGGCAGUCAAGUUCUAUCUCAACAAGAUACAGGAUGGGGAUUUUCCAGCAAACGAAAGGGCCAUGCGGUGGGGUCAUCGUCCACGAGAGAGAGCAUGGCUGGCUCGACAGUCACUGCCAGAACAGGAAGAACCGGAGGAGGAGGAAAGAGCAGCGGCAGGCUGAUGACCGCCACUGAUCAACGGCUUGCUGCUGAGUCCCAGACUGGGAAAUCGACGGCUAGAACACUAGGGGGGCCCAUCCAGCUCAACUCUAUUUGCGUUCGCGUGAACAACAAUGAGCUGCAAACAUGGGAGAACUUUGAGGAGGCGAUGGAAUCUGUCCUCGAUGACGCUACUAAGCUCAGCUGGAUAGACCUGUCCCAUAACCACUUGACACAGAUUGAUGACGUCAUCACAAAAUAUAAGGACUUGACGGUCGUCUACCUGCAUGGCAACUCCGUGCUGAAGAUGACCGACGUUUACAAGCUGGCCGCCCUCCCACGCCUGCAAAAGCUCACGCUCCAUGGCAACCCCAUUGAAGAAGUGCCGUUCUAUAGGACCAAGAUUAUCGGAGCAAUACGGACACUCAAGGAGCUGGACUUCACGGCCAUCACGAAGGUCGACCGAGACCGAGCAUACGUCGACUACAGAAACCGUGCAGCGCGAAUGUUGAACCGGAAGGAAGAGGAGGACUAGGAGGCCUGAGUGGGAGUGUGACGUUGUGUUUCAUCCACUGUGCUUGUGUGUUGGGCUGCGGGAGGUGGGGCUGUGUGGGGGGAGAGCGAAAGGGUCAGCUAUCACCUAAGAGCAUGGGGGUGUCGAGGUACUACUGUAAAUAGUAGCAUGCCUAGUAGCCGGUUGUAGGUAUCAUGCAGCAAGACAUCCUGGACGCGAAAGCAAGACAUGCUGCGGUGAAAAUCUGAAGGAUAGUAAGACCCCGGUGCAGCCAGAUCAAACAGCCGGAUGGCAGGCCGCGUAUACUGGCCGGAAUUCGGAAUGCCUGUACCGAAAAGUUGAGUCAUUAACAAAAGCUACGCAAGGUA